CAACAAAUUUGAUAGGAGUUAUGCUAAAGAUCAGUUUCAAUAUUAUGGUUUUGGACUCAUGUUUGCAAACAGCUUAGACAACUAGAAAGUUAACAUUGGCAGCCAUGUCGGAGUCGGACCUACCGCACCCAACAGGUCUCCAAUCAGCAUCCUUGGAAAAGCUCCGGAAGCUGAUCAUCAAGCUGGAUGUGGCGGUCCCUGUGCGAUUCCGGGUAUCUGGUGAUUCAACGCAAUAUGCUUUGACUGCCCAGGAAUGCCUCCGUAGCUGGGUCAAUUUAUUGCCGCUACCGGUCGGGCUGGGUAUCGGGCCCCAUUGUUGCAUCUAGGUUGGUGGGGGUUAGACUUAGAUGAUCUAUGGCCUCCAUGUGGUUUCGCGAGUGGUUGAGGAAUAUACGCGUAAUCUCUUAUAUGUGCAGGAAUAUAACAUAAUAUAACAGAAUAAAACAGGUUAACAGCUGCUUAUGAACCAGUUAACUCACCCAUCUUGCUGUCCUGUUGCAAGAACAGCUUCCUUGUUCAAUCCCACAUUGUGCUUACUUUGCAUGCAAGUGAGAUGACCCUUUUUUUACGACGUGCUGCUGGACAUCAACCAGAUUCCUCAACUUGUGCGAGAGCUGCAGCUGCGCCCCUGGCCAAUGCUCCAGCUGCUAAGCUUCACUGCCAAACCUACCAGCAGUCAUGGUGGUAGCAGUUCAUCGAACAUCCAGGCGAAAUGGCGAACUUUGUUUUCGGAGUUCUUGAAAAAGAGAUUAAUUUCUCAAGAGAAGGUCCGUGAAAAGGUUCUUUGGAUCCAAGGUCAUGGAGUUGGGCCCCUGUCUGAGAGGGAACAGUAUUUGCUUGCGGCCCAUUGGCAACUUCGCGAGCAGCAUUAUGGGGAGCCAAUCGACCUCCUUCGCUGCAACCUGGUGUGGCAAGUGAACAUGUCCAUUGACCGUUUGGCAUUUCGAGAUGGCGAAUCACCUUGCAUCGUUCCCAACGGCAAGUACAUAUUUCGCGGCUGUGUGCUAACGGCUUCAGACUUCUGUGCCUUGCAGGGCCUGGCCAAAGAAGAUCAAAUCAGAUUUGGAUUGACAAUGCUCAGUCCUAACUUGUUGAGAGAUUGCUGCGGCAACAGCUUUAGCGCCCCAGUCAUUGGGGCAGUUCUUGCAGCGACCUUGCAAAUUUGGCGCGAAACAAAGUUUGUGGCGUACUUGGAUAACUCAUCCCUGGGUUUAAUCCAAGCGCAGACGCGCUCCUGGCACCGGCCGCAUGAGCUACGUCAGCGGAACUCAGCACGAUCGCGGAAAGCCAUGGAGAGUUCGCCGGAAGUGAAGCACAUCGGCCGUCGCUUCAAGAACGGGUUCCGCGAGGGUGGCAGCCCUCCGGCGCGCAAGAAGGUGAGCCAGAAGAAGGACUGA